AUGUGGGCAGGCACCAACUCGGGCUCCGUGUUUGCCUACGCACUGGAGGUACCAGCAGCAGCAGUGGGUGGCGACAAGCGGCCUGAGCGGGCGGUGGAGGCCGUGCUGGGCAAGGAGGUGCAGCUGAUGCACCGGGCACCUGUGGUGGCCAUCGCUGUACUGGACGGACGCGGCCGCCCGCUUCCCGAGCCCUAUGAGGCCUCGCGGGACCUGGCACAGGCACCUGACAUGCAGGGUGGCCACGCCGUGCUCAUUGCAUCUGAGGAGCAGUUCAAGGUGUUCACACUGCCCAAGGUGAGUGCCAAGACCAAGUUCAAGCUGACAGCCCAUGAGGGCUGUCGCGUACGCAAGGUGGCACUGGCCACGUUUGCCAGUGUGGCCUGUGAGGACUAUGCUGAGACCUGCCUGGCCUGCCUCACCAACCUGGGCGACGUCCACGUCUUCUCAGUGCCUGGCCUGCGGCCCCAGGUGCACUACUCCUGUAUCCGAAAGGAGGACAUCAGCGGCAUCGCCUCAUGUGUCUUCACACGUCACGGCCAGGGCUUCUACCUGAUCUCCCCGUCAGAAUUUGAGCGCUUCUCCCUAAGUGCACGGAACAUCACAGAGCCUGUCUGCUCUCUCGACAUCAACUGGCCCCGAAAUUCCACCCGAGCCAGGCUCCAAGAGUCACCCAAGCUGAGCCAGGCUAAUGGGACCCCAAGCAUCAUCCUGGCCCCACAGAGCUGUGGCGGAAGCCCUGAUCCAGCCCACAGCAAAGGAACUGAUACCUCAGAGCCACCGGAGGCCACACUCUCGCCCAUGUCCAUCGACUCUGCCACCAGUGCUGACACCACCCUUGACACGACAGGGGACGUCACGGUAGAGGAUGUGAAGGAUUUCCUGGGCUCUUCGGAAGAAUCUGAGAAGAAUCUGAGGAACCUGGCGGAGGGUGAAACCCGUGCCUGUGCCAUCCUGAUUAAAUGAGGUGCUGCAGGGGCGGACCCUGGGUCUGCCUGGUCCUUGUUGCUCAGCAGCGACCACUCCUCAGCCCCAGUCUGG